UUUUUAGAAUUUGGCCUUGAUAAAGGAAAACACAAGAUGGCUACAGGCUGGACGGCAGAACUUGAUAAGAAAGAGCACAAAAACUGGGUAAUGGUUGGAUGUGCCUUGAACAUAACAAAAAAUGGAAUCACACCAUUAAUCCAAAGGCAAAUGGAGGCUUGGUAUCAGUCACUUAUUUCCAGCCCUCCUUUGCACUCACUUCCCCCAUGUACCUGUGCAGGUCACUCUUCCAAAUGUGCCACUUGUACUACUUGGAAGAAAGAGCUGGAGCGCCUCCACAAGUCUCCACGACCAAAGAUUUGCUGGAACAACAGUGAUAGACAACAAUGGGGAUCUCCUGCAGGGGCAUGGGAAAUAGCAAAAGUCUUCAUGCCAACAUUAGGAACACGGAAAGGAGACAUCAUAGAUGCCAGUACUACAGACAUUGGCGGGCUCUUAAACGUGUUAGAAUGGUGUCCUUUCAUCCAUCCCUCGGUCAAUCGAGUAGUUUUGAAUGCAGUGCGAGACAAGGGAAGAAAUCACUGGGCUCACUCGCCAAAACAAGAACUUCAAGAUGCAGAUGUCAACAUUAUAUUUGGACACCUUCACAAUCUGCUAAGUGACCCGGUUUUCAAGGCAGACAAAGGGGUGCAGGAAUCUUCGAAAAAUUUGCAAGACUUGUUUUAUCAUGGGCUCGUAAAUGUAAGGAAAUCCGAAGUUGAGGCUCUUCAUUUGCUGCGUCAGUCGCUGGUUGCAGACGUAACAAGGUGCAUGAAGGAUUUAUCCGAAAUAAAAACGCGAAGCAGUGGAAACAAAGAAGAGAUAGCCGAGCUAAAGGACCAACUAGCGGAGCUGGAUACAGAGGUACAUGCUGCAAGGACCGACCUGGGGAAAGGCCAGAAUGAUUUACUAGAAGCUCAAGAAAAUAUCAGGCAGCUUACUUCAGAUAUAAAAAGAAGUGAAGAGUGUGCUCAGAGAGACAUAUCCAACCUGAAAGAGCAGGGUGCAUUCUAUCGAGAAGAGUUUGGCAAACAUGGAAAACAACUUACUGAUGCGUUGACCGAUGUUGAAGUUCUUAAACAGGAAAUUUCAAUGCUAUCAAAAAGUGUUGAAAACUUUAAUAGGUUGCUUGAUGAGCGAGAUGAUUUGCAUGGUGCCUUAGAUGUUAUCAGCGAGGAUCUAAAGAAUGUGACAGGCUGUCUGGAUGACGUUGUCCCGGACCUUAACACAGCAAAAAAUAAAAUCGCCGACUUAGAGGUCAGCUUCGAAAGCAUGAAAUCUGAAGUAGAAACCUUGAAGGCAAAAUCCUCAGUUGUACAAAGAGAAGAUGUUGCCACACCGUGUACCGCACCGAGACAAUUACAGGAAUUCACUGGGCGAGAGGCAGCCUUGGUAUGGUUAGAACAUAAUUUAGUGUCCGAUGAGGAUUCUUCAAAAAUUUCAGGUAUUUCUUGCUGCACAAAAACCAUUUGUGGCCUUGGAGGAUGCGGAAAGACUUCUCUGGCGGUAGAAUUUGCCUGGAAAUGGAAGAAACACUUCACUGGUGGAGUGUUCUGGAUUAAUGGGGAAAGUGAUGAAAAUGUACGUAAAUCAGUUGCUGAGAACCUUGCUUUACUAAAUAUACCCGCGUCGACAAGUGAAAAUGUCGAUGACUCCCUGAUCAGAUUUCUGACUCUGUUAUCGAAUAAAAAUUGUCCAUGGCUCCUUGUAGUAGACAAUGCAGAUGAGUUGACAAGCCCGAGGUGUCCCAGUGGUGUGAUGAAAAUAUGCAAUGGGCCCUGGCAAAGGAAUGCAAACGCACCGAAGAAUGGACACAUACUGUUCACUACCAGGCAAAAUGCGAGGGAUAUCAAAACGCUGUUGAAGCUGUCGCCCAAAGAUUGUUUGGAGCUGCAGUCUUUCACUGAAGAGGAAGGUGCCCUGUUUCUAAUGCAAAGAACGGGCCUUGAAGGGGAAUUCCUUUACAAGGAAGCAAUUGAUCUGGCAAGAGAACUGGGAGGUCUUCCAUUGGCCCUCGAGCAAGCAGCAGCUUACAUAUCUGCACUUCCCAUUCCUUGUACCUUCAAAGCUUACCUCCUCAAGUACCGAGAGGUAAGGCUCCGUCUCUUAGAACGGCAGCCAGUAACAGCUCUUAGUGUAGAGGCUCAGCAUCGUUUAUCUGUACACACCACCUGGGAAAUGAAUUUUGAAUUUGUAGCAGAAAAGUCGCCUGCUGCUGCCACCAUGAUGCGUGUUGCAUCCUUUCUAGAGUCUGAGAAUAUUCCUUUCGAAGUCAUCAAUCCUGGUCGUCCUGCUAUAGAUCAAGUCGAGUUAAGAGAAGCUGCGUGUUCUGAGAUUGAAAUUUCUGCCGUCCUCAAGGUACUGACCUGUUACUCCCUUUUCUCAGUUGAUCAACAAAGCAAAGUAUUCAGCGUACACAAACUUGUUCAAGAGGUGGUUCGUGACAGCCUAACUACACAAAUAAGGACGGAGACAUUGACUGCGGCCUUGCGCGUUCUACACUGUGCGCUUAGAAAGAAGAGUGAAUCCUGUUUGAGGUUUAAUGACGAGCAUGUGAUAAACUGGUUAGAAGUAAACGAAGGAGACAAAAAUAUUCUUAUUGCUCUUUUGUUGAGUUCUCGGAAGUUAAAGGAUCAUUUACAGGAAGAGAUGAAUUUAUCAAUGGAUCGCUUCAUCGAUUGCAUUAGAAGAGAUGACGCUUUUGGUCAACUGUUCAAGUUAACUAACCGAUUAAUUGGGAUGAACAUAUUUUUUGCUAAGUUGAAAGCUGAAUUCUCAGAGUUUAUGUUGCAAGUUCAAAUAAUGUGCGGUCGUGAGGAUCCCAACAGAAUUCUUGUUAUGAUGGUGAACACAAGUGUCAGUAAAAGAAAUUGUUCUGAUUCCGUGAGUUACAGAGAAGCAAAGAAACUCGCUGAUGAAACAGUGCGAAAGCUUCAUGAGCUAGAAACUUCUGGAGCAAUCGUACAUGACGAUGUAAAAUAUCGAGUUCUUGAGCACCGCGCUUCCUAUUACGCCAUUGAAGGGAAAUGGAAGAAAAAUUACGAAGCGUUACUUAAACUUGAGAGCCUAAAACUGAGUGCUGCUGAAUCCGUUGAUCUUCAAAUGUUAAUAGCACGAGCCGAAAACCAGGUAUCAGCUUUUAAUUUCAAAUCAGCUUUGAAACGUCACAAGGAUGCCUUGAAACUUGCCAGGGAAUUGCAACCUCCAGAUAAAGGAGUAUUGUUACGUGUUCUGCAGCACACUGCGACUCUACUCAAUAAUGAAGGAAAAGUCACUGAGGCAAAGCCGUACGCUGAGGAAAUGUUAGAUGUUUGCAAGACGAUGCCACAUGACUCUGAUUAUUACAUCAAGGGAAUGACUGAUGCUCUCAUGAUACUCAGCACUUUUGAUAGCCAGAAAUCGGAAACUUUGCUGCUUAAAAUGCUAGAAGAAAGAUGGCCUCGUAUAUACGCAUGCGUGAUCAACGGCUGUACAGAAACUAAUGCAGUCAUUAUUGAGGAUGGAAGCGAUGACCAUGUGGCCGGAGUUCUGGAGGGUCUCUUAGCGUGCUGGUGCAAACUUUGGGUAAGAGACGUGAAAAAUGCUGCAAAACAAAAAUGCUUGACAGUAGCUCAGAUAGCAUUGGCGAUUCGCAAAAAAUUUUACGGUGAAACGCACCCAUGCCUUAAAUCCGCCUACAUGAAUUUACUAGCAAUUAAUUCCAUCCUAGGAAAUGUAGCGGAAGCCAAACAUUGCGUGCAGUUGUUGCAACAAUGUGAUGCAGGACCAAAAGAACAGUUCUUCCAAAGCGUGCCACAGUGUGAUAUAAAUAUGUACGCAACCCGAGCACUGAAAGACAGGGGUAAUGCUUUAUUCAGAGACCACGAUUAUGUUGGGGCAUACAAACACUAUUCUGACGCUUUAGGUUCGUCUCCAACCGAUGCCAAGUUGCUGACUAAUAGAGCUGCAACAAGUUUAAAACUAUCAGAGAAACAAUGCUCAUUGAAAGACAAACAGGAAUGGCUUAGACGUGCCUUGGAUGAUUCGCAGAAUGCCAUAAAGACAGAUCCCUCUUGGGCAAAGGGGUAUUAUUGGAAGGCUGUCUGCCUUGCUCGUCUUGACGAACGAGGGCCUUCACUUGCUACAGCUGCGAUAUCUCGGCAUCUGUUUCCAUCGUAUUGCGCAAACAUUCCAGCAGUCGAGGAUCGCUUUGGAAACUUUGAUGUACAUGUCGUUAACACAGUACAAGACUUUCAAUCAGCAGCGGAGAAAACUGAUGCUCGAAAUCUAGUUAUUGUGGUGAAAGAAGGGCAGUACCAGCUACCAGAGCCCUUAAAGGUCCCAGAAAAUACAGUAAUGGUUGGUCUUGGCAAGGUCCAAAUAAUGUGCUGUAGUUGUGUUCCACAAGCCAUUUACAUGGAGAACAUUGCACAAUCAUCCACAGUUAAGUCCAUCAAAAGUCUCAAAGAGUCUGCCAAAGCUUACCUCGAUUGCGGCCAAUUAGACGCAGCCCUAACGAUGUAUAAUGAAGCACUUGUUCUAUAUCCAAACGAUUCAAAGAUUCUCACUAGCAGGGCGUCAACCUACUUAAAAUCUGCCCAACAACAAAAUGGUAGUCUGUCAAAGAGAAAGCCUUCGUUGCAGCUUGCAUUAAAUGACGCUGAAGCUGCCAUCAAAGCUGACCCUUCCUGGCUGCUUGGUUACCGCGUUAAGUCUGUAACCUUGGCAGAACUGGGUAGAAAGCCAGAAGCACUCGCUGCUGCUGCAGUGUUUAAACACCUGAGCCAAGGUCGGGAUAUCUCUGAAGUCACUCAGCGCUAUGGAGAGCUCCAAGUCCUAGUUGUGGAAACUUCGGAUCAGCUGCGGCGUGUCAUUCAAAAUGCAGAGAAGCUUGAGGGGAAUUCGAAGAAUCAAGUCGUUGUAAUAAAAGAAGGCGAGUAUCUGUUGGAGAGAAGUGUUGAAAUUUCAGAAGAGAUUGUGAUCGUUGGUCACGGGAAAGUAUCGGUUGUGUGCAAGACAGGGGAACCUUUGCGGUUUACAACAGCAUGUCAUGUUGAGAAUGUAGAAAUGGCUGAGGACUGUGACAGCCAAGAGAAAUCCCAAGAGUUUAGUUCAAAUGACAUUCAACCAGAAGUGAUACGUCUUGCCACGCCCUCCGGGUACGACAACACAAGUAAUGAAUGUAAAGUGAACUAG